CCAAAGCGAAACUGGAUCGAAAGUCUCUCGAACCUCGCGGGCGUCGAGGUUUACUGCUGGAGUAAGAAUGGCCCAAGUUCACGGAGGCUAUAGACGACCCCUAGUUGAAAGUUUAAAGUUCAUUUCAAGGACCAUCAGGACGGACAGCAGAACAUUUCCUCGUUUCUCCGCCGCUGCAGUCGGAUUCCUUUCUGUCGUCUGUGUCUUGUCUUCCUCUACAGUGUCAGCAGACGUCGCACCGAAGACAGUAGUGGCUUACGAGAAUGAAACCGUCACCCUGCCCUGCCGAACCAACCAAACAAGCGACCUCCUCACUGUGGAGUGGUCCAAGGCUGAGAUGACCCCCAACAUCACCCUCCUGUACCGCCACGGCAGAGAGACCGUGGAGGAGAAGCACUCGGCCUUCCGCAACAGGACCAACCUCAUACUGGAGGAGGUGAAGCACGGCAACAUCUCUCAGGUCAUCUCCAAGCUGAGGCUGUCCGAUGCGGGCCGAUAUCUGUGCAGGACCAUGGUGGGGAAGCAGCGGCAGGUCGAAGCAGCGCUGGACCUCAUUGUGGGUGCUGCGUCUGAGCCGGAGCUCACCUUUGUUCACUCUGGUGCCAACGGGGGAUUGACACUGGAGUGCAGCGCCAAGCGUUGGUUCCCAGAGCCGGAGAUCACGUUCUACGACGAGAAAGGGAAAGAGAUUGAAGCCGAACUCCCACGGACUGAUCAGGUCUCUGGAGCUGGAGGUUUUAAUGUGAAACGGAGAGCGUCUCUGCAGAUUGUCACCAACAGAGUGACCUGCCGUGUUCACCAGCCGCUGUUGAAGAAUACAAGAUAUGCAAAUAUUUAUAUUCCAGAUGACUGCAUGAGAUCCUGCACUAACAGCAUCGUGUGGAGCAUCGUGUGGAGCGUCCUGGGAACCGCAGCAUCGUGUGCCGUUGCUUAUUUCCUGUGGAAGAAAUUUGGACGCUCUUAUUGCAGGCAGAAAUCACCUCUACCACUACAGCCGCCCAGUCCCAGUACGGAAAAUGCCAUCAACACUCGGUUACAAGCAGAAAUCGAACGGCUGAAAUCAGACAUUUCUAAAAACGAUGAGAUCAUCUCCAAACAAACAGCAGAACUAGAAGAACUUAAAUCUAAAGGCAGUGCCGUUCAACAGCAAAACCAACCUACCACUAACUCCUCGUCCUCUCUUAACGCCUCUCACCAAGUUACCCCAACCCUUGACCAUAGCAACACACCACCAGCAGCCACAUCGGCAGGCCACAAUCCAAAAUCUGGCAAAGCGUCCAAGGCGAAAAACCCCAAACCGGCUGGUUCAGAACAAGCCCGGCUCCCUGCUCCUCCUAAAAAGGACAGGCCCAAAAGCACUUCUGAUCUUUCCACAAACAACAGUUCUACCUCUUCCAGGUCUUCCUCAGCUUCCACUUUGAAGGAAAUUCCCCGCUCUGUGAGUUUUUCCGGUUCUCGUCCUGGUGUUGCCAGGUCUCCCCGUAGGUACACCAUGGCUAACCCCUUCAGCGUUCUGGAAAAUCUAACGGAAGAGUCAGAGUCUCUGAUCCGUUAGCAUGGGAUACUGAGACAGAUUAUCCUAAUGCUUGGUACAGAUUUAGCAUUAAAGCUGUGAUGAUUGGACACACAUAAAGGACACUGUAUAAAAAAUGGGACAGUUCCAAAAUGGUACUUCCAGGUUUUCGUUCUUUUAAAUUACGGUCCUCUGAAGUUACUUAUCUAGUCGGUAUCUUCAGUUAUUUCAGAUACCUGAACAGACAUCAGGAACGCUGUGUUUAAAAAACACAUCUGGUCAGUAUAUCUCUAAGAGCAAAGUUCAACUUGCCAACUUUUAAAACUCAUUGUUUUCUCCUCUUUGUUUGUCUUUUUACUUAUUUUUUAUGACGAGUCACUUCCAUUACCUUCAUGUUGGGUACUAUUGAUUUUUAACCUCAGGUUGUCAAUCGAUAGAUAUUUUUCUACAUAUUCUCAAACUUCUCCUGCCUUUAAAGUAGGAAAACGUCUCAGUGUUUGUCAAGCUAGAACCAGUUUUGCUCAGAAACGAUUUAGGAGCAAAUAGUGUUUAUAUAAUUCACGUCAUAAUUACUACGAUGACAAAUGGGUGCGAUUCUGGUGUUGGGAAAUAAAUGGUGCCAACCGUUUUCUGGUGCUGCGGUAACAGUUUUUAAAGAUCAUGUUAAAUCUCAUAACCUGAUCCUGUUUAUGGGGACAUUUUUUUUCUUAUUGAUAAAUAUAUACAUAUUUUUUAACACUUCUUGUUGUGGGCGGUUCAGAGUAUUGGAGUUUAAAUGUAAUAGCUGGCUUUAAGUUUUAAACUUUAAGCUUUUACUGCUUAGUGAGAAGUUUGGUUUGUUACAACUGUUUACAGCUGAUUUAAAAAUGUAGUUAAAGAUGAAAAAACAUUAUUUUGUAAGCUUUAACUCUAAAUUAUGACAGUGUUUUUGAAAUGAGACUUUGUUAAAUAUUGUCUGCGUAAAUGACGACACUUUAUCUUCAAAAAUUCCUUUAUUACUUUUAAAAUGAGUAAAUAAUAUUUUCUGUGAAUGUAAUGUAAAUACUUUCUACUGUAAUUCACUACUUUUUGCAACUCAAAGGUCCUAUUGAAGAUCUUUGAUUUGAACAUUUUUAAAGUAUUAAUAGGUUUUAUUGGGAUGUAUUUGACGCCUUUAUGAACCUUAAGAUAUUUAAAUUUUACUUUUUAAUUUUUUUUUACUAUUUUUACUGUGAUUAAAAAUGUCAAUUUUUAUGAAUUUUUACAGACUUCUGAGAACAUAUAUAAUAAAUACAUUUUCUGCCUCAGGUUUUCAAACGCAGCUCUUUGUGAAAACAACUUUAAACAUUCAAACAGCUCCCCCUGGUGUCCGGGUGGUCAUGUAGUGUUUUUGCUUUAAAGUAAAUCAGAUUAUUAUUUAAAGAGCUGCUCCUGUGAUUUGCAUUGUGUGCAUUUAAAAGAAAAUGUCUUAGAGAUUUCAUUCUGUCUGUUUCCUUUUGGCAUUCUGUAAAUAUGAAAUGUGUUCAUAUAUUUUUAACAGUCAAAUUGAUAAUAAAUGGAAACUUAGUUUUGAGUAA